GGUCCCGGAUCUGCGCGGCCCUGCGCGCAGGGUCACCCUUGGGACCCCGGGAGCUGGGGUUUUCCGGGGAACGAGCCCGGGUGGGCUCCUCAGGCGCUGUCAUUUCUGCAAGAGGGCCCCGCGGGCAGCCUUGUUACGGCUGCCUGCGCAGGGGCCCGCGGAGGCUGGGUAGGGCAGGGCGGGCACUGCCAGGCCUCCUUCGCCUUCCUCUCUUUCCCGCCCCGGCGCCACCCCACUCCUCCUCAGCGGGAGAAUCCGACACGCGGGGCUGCCCGCCGCCCUCGUGCCGGAGGCGUGCAGGAGGUGUCCCAGCGUGGGCCUGAGAGCGGCGGGGGCUGCUUGCAGGUCUGGUGAGGCUGAAAACACCCUUCUGAAAGGUUUUUCCCUCGAGUCUCUGGCUGCAGCGUUGCUGCCUCACACGCGGGCCACAUUCUUGUGUGUCGGUGUGACGGUAUGUUUAGUUAACGACUCCAGAACUUACUGUUUCCUGGGUAGGCCUCUUGUGCACCAGAACUGCUGGCUGUAUUUUGCAGAUUUAAGGACCAUAGUACAGCUAUGGAUACUGAACCAAACCCGGGAACAUCAUCCGUGUCAACAACAACCAGCAGUACCACCACCACCACCAUCACCACUUCCUCCUCUCGAAUGCAGCAGCCACAGAUCUCUGUCUACAGUGGUUCAGACCGACAUGCUGUACAGGUAAUUCAACAGGCAUUGCAUCGGCCCCCCAGCUCAGCUGCUCAGUACCUUCAGCAAAUGUAUGCAGCCCAACAACAGCACUUGAUGCUGCAUACUGCAGCUCUUCAGCAGCAGCAUUUAAGCAGCUCCCAGCUUCAGAGCCUUGCUGCCGUUCAGGCAAGUUUGUCCAGUGGAAGACCAUCUACAUCUCCCACAGGAAGUGUCACACAGCAGUCAAGUAUGUCCCAAACGUCUAUCAACCUCUCCACUUCUCCUACACCUGCACAGUUAAUAAGCCGUUCCCAGGCUUCCAGUUCUACCAGCGGCAGUAUUACCCAACAGACUAUGUUACUAGGGAGUACUUCCCCUACCCUAACGGCAAGCCAAGCUCAAAUGUAUCUCCGAGCUCAAAUGCUGAUUUUCACACCCGCUACCACUGUGGCUGCUGUACAGUCUGACAUUCCUGUUGUCUCGUCGUCAUCGUCAUCUUCCUGUCAGUCUGCAGCUACUCAGGUUCAGAAUUUAACAUUACGCAGCCAGAAGUUGGGUGUAUUAUCUAGCUCACAGAAUGGUCCACCAAAAAGCACUAGUCAAACUCAGUCAUUGACAAUUUGUCAUAACAAAACAACAGUGACCAGUUCUAAAAUCAGCCAACGAGAUCCUUCUCCAGAAAGUAAUAAGAAAGGAGAAAGCCCAAGCCUGGAAUCACGAAGCACAGCUGUCACCCGGACAUCAAGUAUUCACCAGUUAAUAGCACCAGCUUCAUAUUCUCCAAUUCAGCCUCAUUCUCUAAUAAAACAUCAGCAGAUUCCUCUUCAUUCACCACCUUCCAAAGUUUCCCAUCAUCAGCUGAUAUUACAACAGCAGCAACAGCAAAUUCAGCCAAUCACACUUCAGAAUUCAACUCAAGACCCACCCCCAUCCCAGCACUGUAUACCGCUCCAGAACCAUGGCCUUCCUCCAGCUCCCAGUAAUGCCCAGUCACAGCAUUGUUCACCGAUUCAGAGUCAUCCCCCUCCUUUAACAGUGUCUCCUAAUCAGUCACAGUCAGCACAGCAGUCUGUAGUGGUGUCUCCUCCACCACCUCAUUCACCAAGUCAGUCUCCUACUAUAAUUAUUCAUCCACAAGCACUUAUUCAGCCACACCCUCUUGUGUCAUCAGCUCUCCAGCCAGGGCCAAAUUUGCAGCAGUCCACUGCUAAUCAGGUGCAACCUACAGCACAGUUGAAUCUUCCAUCCCAUCUUCCACUUCCGGCUUCUCCUGUUGUACACAUUGGCCCAGUUCAGCAGUCUGCCUUGGUAUCCCCAGGCCAGCAGAUUGUCUCUCCAUCACACCAGCAAUAUUCAUCCCUGCAGUCCUCUCCAAUCCCAAUUGCAAGUCCUCCACAGAUGUCAACAUCUCCUCCAGCUCAGAUUCCACCACUGCCCUUGCAGUCUAUGCAGUCUUUACAAGUGCAGCCUGAAAUUCUGUCCCAGGGCCAGGUUUUGGUGCAGAAUGCUUUGGUGUCAGAAGAGGAACUUCCAGCUGCAGAAGCUUUGGUCCAGUUGCCAUUUCAGACUCUUCCUCCUCCACAGACUGUUGCGGUAAACCUGCAAGUGCAACCACCAGCACCUGUUGAUCCACCAGUGGGAAUGCAUUUGAACCAGUGUCAUCUGCACAAAGUUUUUUCUCUUAAGGUUUAUCAGGUAGAAGAUGUGUGUGAAGAAGAAAUGCCAGAAGAGUCAGAUGAAUGUGUCCGGAUGGAUAGAACCCCACCACCACCCACUUUGUCUCCAGCAGCUAUAACUGUGGGGAGAGGAGAAGAUUUGACUUCUGAACAUCCUUUGUUAGAGCAAGUGGAAUUACCUGCUGUGGCAUCAGUCAGUGCUUCAGUAAUUAAAUCUCCAUCAGAUCCCUCACAUGUUUCUGUUCCACCACCUCCAUUGUUACUUCCAGCUGCCACCACAAGGAGUACCAGUACAUCUAUGCACAGUAGCAUUCCCAGUAUAGAGAACAAACCUCCACAGGCUAUUGUUAAACCACAGAUCCUAACCCAUGUUAUUGAAGGCUUUGUGAUUCAGGAGGGAUUGGAGCCAUUUCCUGUGAGUCGUUCCUCUUUGCUAAUAGAACAGCCUGUGAAAAAACGGCCUCUUUUGGAUAAUCAGGUGAUAAAUUCAGUGUGUGUUCAGCCAGAGCUACAGAAUAAUACAAAACAUGCAGAUAAUUCAUCUGACACAGAGAUGGAAGACAUGAUUGCUGAAGAGACAUUAGAAGAAAUGGACAGUGAGUUGCUCAAGUGUGAAUUCUGUGGGAAAAUGGGAUAUGCUAAUGAAUUUUUGCGGUCAAAACGAUUCUGCACUAUGUCAUGUGCCAAAAGGUACAAUGUUAGCUGUUCUAAAAAAUUUGCACUUAGUCGUUGGAAUCGUAAGCCUGAUAAUCAAAGUCUUGGGCAUCGUGGCCGUCGUCCAAGUGGCCCUGAUGGGGCAGCGAGAGAACAUAUCCUUAGGCAGCUUCCAAUUACUUAUCCAUCUGCAGAAGAAGACUUGGCUUCUCAUGAAGAUUCUGUGCCAUCUGCUAUGACAACUCGUCUGCGCAGGCAGAGUGAGCGGGAAAGAGAACGUGAGCUUCGGGAUGUGAGAAUUCGGAAAAUGCCUGAGAACAGUGACUUGCUACCAGUUGCACAAACAGAGCCAUCUAUAUGGACAGUUGAUGAUGUCUGGGCCUUCAUCCAUUCUUUGCCUGGCUGCCAGGAUAUCGCAGAUGAAUUCAGAGCACAGGAGAUUGAUGGACAGGCCCUUCUCUUGCUAAAAGAAGACCAUCUCAUGAGUGCAAUGAAUAUCAAGCUAGGCCCAGCCCUGAAGAUCUGUGCACGCAUCAACUCUCUGAAGGAAUCUUAACAGGAACAUGAAGCCUUGAUAAAACAGCAGUUUUACUCUUCUCACACGAACUUGUAAGGUAAAGGCCUAACUUGGUCUAGAAUAUGACACUUACUGUGGUGGAUAGCCAAGCACAUUGGGAACUCCACAUCGAAUACUGACAUUUCUUCUACAGGUAUAAUAAUUCAUCAUACAUUUUCAUAAUUAACAAACAUUGGUAAAAUUAAUUUUACAGGUUACAUGAAACAUUGAAAGACUUGUUAUAGAGGGCCAUGAUAUUUUUCAAAGAAAUGUGUUAUACUAGAUAAUUUUUUUAAAGGUGAUGUUUAUCAUUAAUAUAAAGAAUCCUUUUAAAAGUAAUUUAAUGAUUUACAUUUCUCCUCUUUUGAUUCGAUUUUCUUACACAUUUUUUCUACCCUAUUAGUUUUCUAAAGGUUGUCAUGAGAGGUAUGUUACGGAAUAAUUUAGUAGUCCAGUGACAGAAUCAUAUGAAAUCAGUGUACAUUUUAAAAAACAUGUCUUUUAGACAUAUGCUUUAUCUAUAAAAAAGGAAUUGUGUUCUAGUAUGAACAAUACUGAUCUGGAAGUGAGAAGAGUUAGUUUCUAUUCCAAACUUGACCAAGAAUUUGACUGAGAAAGUUUUCCUCUCAGUUUUUGUACAUUUAUUUAGAGCAGUGGUUCUCAGUGGAGGUCAGUUUUGAUCGCCAGGGGACAUCUGGCAAUGUUGAGACAUUUUGGUUGUCACAGCUUGGGAGUGGGUUCAGGGGAGGGUUGCUGCUGGUGUCUAGUAGGUUGCUACUGGUGUCUAGUAGGUAGAAGCCAGAGAUGUUUCUAAAUAUCUUAUAAUGCACAGGACAGCACCCCUCCACUAUAAAGAAUUAUUGGUUCAAAAAUGUUGGUACUGCCAAGGUUGAGAAACUCUGAUAUAGAAGGAGUGAUAAGUAUUGUUUUCACCCAAAGGAAUACUUUUAAAGGAUGGAGCAUACUAAACAUAUAUGAUGGAAGUAUUAUUCAGAUAACAUUAAUAUUCUGCUGAAUAAUUUUUUCUAGUUUAAUCAUACUAGAAAAAGAAAAAAAGAUCUACAAAUUGUCCUAUAAAAUAAGGACUAACAUGCAAAUAAUUUAACUCUCAGAAAGUACUAAUUCAUUAUGAUUCUCUUUCAUACCUCUGUGCUCCUCUGCACUGAUGAAGGCAUAAUAUGAUUAUACCUAUGAACUAGUGCACAGCCUUUUCUGGCAAGAAAAUAGUUUGUAGCAGAUACGUGGUUGCUCUUUGGAUUUUUUUCUAAUGUUGAACACGCUGGGACUAGCUAGAAUGCACAUUCCUACUUUACCAAACGUUUGCAUGCUUCCUGCAAAGCACUUACCAAGUGAUUUCUCUUGAAUCGUCGGAUAUAAUUUUGUAUGUACAUGUUUGAGGAAAAAAAUGUAAAGCAAAACCUUUUACUGAACAGUGUUCUAUAGGAUUAUGACACUAAAACAGAAUUGUUUGUGGAAGCCCUGAAAGCUUUAUAGUCCUGGACAUCAAAAAUUUUAUUUGAGAUGAUGAAUGUUUUGUUUUAAUCUUUUCUUAUAUUACCACGAUUGAGAUAUUUUAGUAAUUGAAGGAACAUACACAGAUAUUUGGCAGAAGUCGAGUAAGGAGGGGAAAAAAGAAGAGUCCGUGAGUUUCAGUCAUUUUCACUGCUCUUUUCAAGAAGAUUGUGUUGAGCUAGUAGAAGACUAAAGAUGUCACUGAAGACAUCACAGAUAUUAUAUUUAUCUUUUGGCUUUGUGUACAUUAGAGAAUGUUGAUUAUUUUUAUACAAAAAUACAGCGGGUAAUUUUUUUAAUCUUUAGAUGCCUCUUGUUUGAAUGUAUGCUUUGUGGAAUUCUUUGUGUAGUAAUGUUUUAAAAAAAGAUGUUUACUGAUAGUUACAUGUAGGAUUAGAAUAUGUAAUAUAAUAUAAGGCUCAUAUUCCAGACCUACGAUAGCUUGUAGUCUAUGUUACAUAUUUCUUUAUAUCACAUUUUUAAUCAUUGGAUUAAAGUUUCAAGGAAAGCUAGGUACUCUAUAAUCGGUUUUCAUUUAUUAGCAGUUAAUCAUCAUCAAAGAAUUGUCAUAUGCUUGACUUUUCCCAUCUUCUUGGAAUUUCAAACACAAAUACAGGCUAAGCGUUAGUAAGAGAUGGCCCACAGUAUGAGAGAGGGAGGUGCAACGGAAAAUCUCGCCUGGAAUUAAAACUUUUCAUAGAUUAUCCACGGUUAAUACAAAAUUUAUUAUUUGGGGAUAGACUCCUCCAGCAAUAAUGAUUACCUCCCAUAACUAUAUUACCUAUGGCCUUUAAGGUAUCAAUUUUGAACUGUGUUGUAGGCUCUCCUUUUAUUUAUUCUCUUUCCUAAUAGCAGCCAUUCUGUACUUAUUGAAAGCCCCUGUGCCUACUGCUGUCUUAAGUAUUCAGGAGGGGCUUACAAGAGGGUUUUCUGUUGGAGAAUACCUUAUAAUCUUAAAUCUAGUCCAGAUCUCUGUUUUCCCCACUCAAAACAUACCCAAAAUAUGCACUUGCUUUUUUCAAGUGAGUUUUUAUUUUAAAAUGGCUUGUUUGCUAUCACAUUGGCGCAGCUGUUUCUUCCAAGAUGAGUUAAUCAUUUAAUUUCAAAGCUUCAGCUAUAUAUAAUGGAUAUAUAGACAACACUGAGCAUCCACCUCUCUCCUGAGCUUUAAAGCACAGUUUCAGUAUGAUAUAGGUGGGGAGAGUAUAAUUGUUUUCAUAUCCUUUCAUACUACUACUAAUAGUUUUAGGAUCUUGACUAGGGAGGGAUAAUGACAAACAGAAAGGGAAUAUGGAGGUUCUUCCUACUUUUGCUACCUAAGUUUGCAUUUUCUGACUUCCUUGAAGUGUUGCACUCUUUGUCCCAUUGGGAUAAAAAGCAUAAGUUUGAAAUUUUGCUUUAAGCCUUGUGUUCCUAGGGAAGUUAAACAACUAAGAGAGCUGAUGUGUAAAAAUUAUUUUUUAUAUGACAUUAAUAUUCAUCAAGCCUUGUGUAGGCAUGUGUAAGACACAGCUAUGCAGCUUUGAAUAGUCAAUAUAGUAUGAGAUAGAGUGUUGUUCCAAAUCCUCCUGUCACUUUUUAGGUAGCAUAUUAUUUCCCUGAUGGUCCUGUUACUUUGCUGUUGAUGCUCUAAACAGAACUUUUUUAAAAGGUGUAGUUUAAGAGCAGUCACCCCGGAGUAGACAAGGUGGAAUGGGAAGAGAGAAAUGGUAAUGCAAAAGCUUGAGCUUGGGGAGAGUCAGAGGAGAAGGCCAUCAUCCUUGUUAGCUUAGCCUACUUCAACACUGAGCACAUUUCUGCACUUUUGAAGUGAAAUUCAUGUUUUACUUAGAAGAAAUAAUUUUCUUUCAUUAGGGAUCCCAGUUGAUUUUUGUUUCCUGGUGUAUGAAAAUACUUAGAACUAUGAAACAAGUAUUAUUGUGAUCAUGCCUUUGAAUAAUUUUUGACAUAGCUUAUCUUCAUAUAUCAAGUACAAAAUUAUAAUGAGACAUCUAUUCACAAAUACAAGUCUUAGAUUGAAUUGAAAUGUGUUAUAGUGCCCUGUCUCCCACUGACUUGUUCAGUUAAAUGUCUUAAAGUACAUUAUGUACAUCUUCAGGCUUUUGGUACCACAGUGGCACAAGUAUGGUAGGGAGGCAAUAUAGUCUUAGGCUAUAUGCCUAUAUUAAGUGUGUAUAAACAAUUUUUGAAAGAAUACACUAUUGUAGAUGUAUGUGAGUGAUGCUGACCUGACAGCCAUAUCCAGUGGAUGAAACUGACUGGACACACUGUUAAAAUGUUUUAAAGAUAUAUUUUCAACCAGAACAGUCUGGUUAUAGUUUGUGGUUUUCACCUUGGUGAAUUGCAGGAACACAUGCAGCCUACUGGCAUUGAGCAUUAGCUAAUGGCAUGAAAGGGCCUCAUCUCACUACCUCUCUAAGGCCUCUAGCUCCAAGAAAACUGCAUGAAAACUUCUUUCUUAGAGAGAUCUUUGUCUCAAAAUCCUUAGAGAGGAUUUUGUAUUGGGGCUAACUUUAGGAAGGGAGGCAGCUGGGGCAGGACUUUCUGAUACCUGACAGUCAUGUUCCAGAGCAACCUUUGGGCAGUGGAAACUGGCCCAUCUAUGCAAAAUGAUUGCUCAAUCUCUAUCUUGUGUACCACAUAUGUAACUAGCUGGGCCCUAAGGAAGGUUUUCUAGGGGGAAGGAUAGGGAAGUGGAGGAGGAGACAAGUAGGAGGAACAAAGCAUUCCAGACCCAAGAGGAUAGAAGAUAUUUAGGAUAGAUAUGGCUUUCAUCCAUAGUUCAAAAUAAUACAUUUUAAUUGUUAGAUGCCAGUUAUAGCAAUAAAUAGGUUAUAGUUUUUAUGUCAAGAUUUACCUGUAAUCAGACUUAUUCUUUCACUCUCUAUACCCACUGUCUCCAUGCUUAGGAGCAUGGAUAUUAAUAGUUCCAAUGAUACAUAAGUUAGUGAUUUUUGAUUUCUGAAAAAGGUGACAACCUUUUAUUAUAGUUGGAGAAUAUUUGUCAAAAAUUCAAAGGUUGUUGUAAUUGAGUUGCCAGAAUUAUAGAGUUUCCAUUUUCAGAUACCACAGUUGAAUCACCUCUGUAGAUUGUUAUAAAGAGAGGCAUUUUAAGAUAGUAUUUUAUUUGCUAGGUUGUGUCUCAGUCUAAGAAUUGGGAAAAGAAGAGCCAUAGGUUUCUUUUUCCUAGUCUGGAUUUCAGUAAACACAAGCCUACCUCUGCUUCUUUGGUUCACAGCAGUGUGGAUCAUGAAAUGAACUGUUUACCCACAUUCAUCAAUAUUGGUAUUUUACAGAUCUACUUAGAGCAUUUAAUUUCAUCUCAAAGAUUGUGAUCCACUUUAGAUAAGCACAAAUACAGUAUUAGGAAAAGUAAAUAUACAAUCUUACUAAAAUUUCAACUUGUUAAGCUGUAUAUCUUAAAAAAAAUUAUUUGGGGCUGGGCAUGGUGGCUCACACCUGUAAUCCCAGCACUUUGGGAGGCUGAGAUGGGUAGAUCACCUGAGGUCAGGAGUUCGAGACCAGCCUGACCAAUAUGGUGAAACCCCAUCUCUACUAAAAACACAAAAAUUAGCUGGGCGGGGUGGCUGUAAUCCCAGCUACUGUAAUCCCUGUAAUCCCAGCUACUUGGGAGGCUGAGACAGGAGAAUUGCUUGAACCCAAGUGCUGGAGGUUGCAGUGAGCUGAGAUCGCACCCCUGCACUCCAGCCUGGGUGACAGAGCGAGACUCCGUCUCAAAAAACAACAACAACAAAAAAAAAAACAAAAAAUUAUUUGGGAAGAUAGGUCCUCUUUUGUUAGAAGUUCAUAAAAUGUAUCCUUAUAUAGUUUUGUUCACAGUAGUUAUAUUAGCUUUCUUCAAACAAAAAAAGUUUAAAAUUAGAUUACCUUCUUUGGAAAAAAUUUCCUAAAUUUUUAAGAAUUUUCAAAGUUUUACAUAUUAGUUCUUAGAAUCUAAUCCAUUUUAAAAUUGUACUAUGAGAGAGCUUUUUUUUGAAAGUUGUAAAGCAUUAAUACAAAUAAUACAAAUAUAAUUAUUACCAUCACAUUCCAGAGAAUAUGGCUUUUUCUAAACUUUCAAUUUAGAAAACAUACAUUAAGGGAGAAUCUCUGCCCUCCUUUUCAGCUCUGAAGAUCAGCUUUUCUACUCAGACACAUGCACACACCCCUUCCAAGUGUCAUGUUUAUGGGAACGUUUGGGAAAUGUUUUCCAGAUGUUUUGUUUUUUCCCUUUUAUAGAUUGUUGACAUUUAAUUUUAUUUAAAGAUGACAAUUUUAAUCAGAAAUGUUAGAGAAGAGGUACAACAUAAUGAGGUUCUAGCUAGCUUUAUACUUUUGAAAAAUAUUUUUGUUUCUACUGCUUUUUACAAGUACUAAUCCUCUCAGUGAUACUGGUGGUGUUCAGUAUGAAUCCACAGAAAGAAAACAAAAUGUGUUGUUUAAAAGAAGCAGAGUAAUGAAUGAAUUUCAGUUUUGAAAAAACCAAUAUAAUUUGAAAACACUGUUAUACUAACAUGGCAAGGUGUUAAUUAAAUAUAAGAGUAAGGUAGUGAGUUCUUUUAGGGCACCUGUUUAAAUUUACUCCAGCAAUCAUCUUAAGGAUUGAUAGUCACCAUCAUUUAUUGGCCUAAAAGUUAUAUUUCAUGGAAUAUUAUCAGUGUUAAAUCCAAGCUUUGUGGAGCUUUAACUGACGGUGGUGAAAAAGUUGGUGUUUAUGAGAGAGUGGUGGGGUGUCUAGUCAUUAGUGAAGUUAAACAUCAACCUGUUUUAGAAAUAAUUUUUUAGUCUUGCCUCAAGUAAACCAGAAGUGUCUAGUGUUUAAAUCUUUAUUUAGGAUGCUUCUCUUAAAAGUAUUUUUUGUUUUGGGUAGUAUUAAAUAAUCAGUAAAUAAUCUAUUUCAGUAGUAAAUAAUAGAUGAAUUAUGAUGAUGAGUGAGUAUUAACACACUGGUCUGGAGACUGGGGUUUUAUUUCAGUGGGUUGGCUGUUUGUGACAUGUUGGGCAAUUACUCAGCUUUUUUAACAGCUUCCAGAUACGCAAUAUGGUGCCUGCACUACUCAAAAGUUGAUUUUGGUUUAAUUCAUCUGUAAGGUACCUCCCAGCUCUAAAACUAUGAUUCUAGGCUGUGUAAUGGGAUUGCUCUUACUUUAUUCUCUUUCCCUUUUUAAGGGUUCAUUUUAUACUUAAUAAGCAUCCAUUUCUUGGGCCACCUACAGUCUUUGUUCUCCUAAGGAUUAAAAUAGAAAAUUCAUACAUAACAAGCAAAUGAGGACAUUUUCGUAAAUGCUCCUUAUUGGUUAACCACUGAAUAUAUGAACACAUAUGAAUAUUGUCAUUCAUGUACUUACAUUCAUUUAGCAAACCAUUUGAACACUUACAUGUGCAGUGUUUGGUGAACAUGAUAUGAGGAACUAGUAAUAAGUAAAAUCUUCCCCCCAAAAUUCAUUGUGGCUUAAAUGAUUAUGAACAUAAUCAUUACUACUUAAUAUACUGAGAGGGAAUCUUAAUAAACUUGGAACUGGGAGGGAAUAUUUGUAUGCAUUGGGUAAAGGGUUAGGCUAGAUGACAUCUAAGGGGUCUGAGUGAAUCAUAUCAUAAUUUUUAUAACACAUUUCACAUACUAAACAUCAGUUGGCCCCAUACCUGAUUAAGUUACAAAAUUUAGGAGACUUGACAUUAAGGACUUACAGGUUGAGACAGCCCAUAUUUCACAGCAUUAUUUUGACACUUGAAUCUGUUCCAGAGUUGUUGCUAUACAAGGCAUGUGGCAGAACAAAAAAAAAAAAAGCUGGUGUUGAUAUAAGAGCUUUUUACCCAGUAUUGACAGUGUAGCAACUUUUUUUUUUUUUUUGAGAUGGGGUCGCUCUGUCGCCCAGGCUGGAGUACAGUGGUGCGAUCUCAGCUCACUGCAACCUCCACCUCCCGGGUUCAAGUGAUUGUCUUGCCUCAGCCUUCCAAGUAGCUGGAAUUACAGGUGCCCACCACCACACUUGGCUAAUUUUUGUAUUUUUAGUAGAGACGGGGCUUCACCAUGUUGGCCAGGCUGGUCUGGAACUCUUGACCUCAAGUGAUCCACCUGCCUCGGCCUCCCUAAGUGCUGGGAUUACAGGCAUGAGCCACCACGCCCAUCCGACAGUGUAGCAACUUUCUAAAACUGAAAAAUCUCAAAGGAGAUCAUUGGAACUGACUUGUUCAUUUAUUUUUUGUUUUUAAAUUAAGAAAGAUUACACAAAAUAAAUGUUACUGUAUUUUAAGCUAUUACAAAUAUCCACCUUUUAAAGAUAUGUAAGAAUCAGUAAUAUUCUAGAAAGCACAUAUAUAGUAAAAGGGCAUCCUUUAAAUGCAGAACGGGUAAACAUGAAACGGUUCCAUGCUUGAAUUGGUAAGUAGGGGGUAAACAUUGAAUGGGAGAAUCAUUUAUUGGGUUAAGGUCCCUUCCUUGUCACUCUGGGAUGCUGCGAAUCACAUUGUAAUUCCUGUUGACACAGCUUUACAUGCUAACAUCAGUUGAUACUAACAUUCUCCAUAAAGAUAUAGAAUGAAAAUAGCUAUUAAAAAUAGUUUAUCAUUGUUUCAGCUUUUUUGUUUUGUUUUGUUUGUUUUGAGACAGUCUCACUCUGUCACCCAGGCUUGAGUGCAGUGGUGCGAUCUCGGCUCAAUGCAACCUCCCACCUUGGCCUCCCAAGUAGCUGGGAUUACUGGCAUGCACCACUACGCCUGGCCAGUUUUUUGUAUUUUUAUUAGAGACGGGGUUUCACCAUGUUGGCCAGGCUGGACUCGAACUCCUGACCUCCAGUGAUCUACCCACCUCAGCCUCCCAAAGUGCUGGGAUUAUAGGCAUGAGCCACUGCGCCUAGCCUGUUGCAGCUUUUUAAAGCAGGCAAAUAUCCAAAUAAAGUGUUGGGUUAGAAUCUAUAUUAGAAUCUUUCAAACUAAUUGAAAACAGGAAGACUAUCAUCUAAGUAGCCAGAUAAUCUGGGUUUCCAAAAGUUAUUCCAUGGUACUGGUUUAAAAAAUACUUUUCAAGUGUUUUAAUUUUUAAAGUGUAACUAAUUUUUCAAAUAUGUUAUGCUGUUAAAAUAUGUAUUCCAUAAGUACUUUUUGUAUAUGUAUUCUUAAAUUUUAAAAAGUCAACUGAAUGUGCAUUUAUAUGAUAUAAUUUUGGAUAUAGACAAAUGUGAUAUAAUUUUGGAUAUAGACAUUUAAACCAGAUUCCCAGUCCUCUCCUUCAAAAGCUUGGUCUUUGUUUUUCCUAUAGGGGAAAAAGUCAAAAUAAGUUCCAAAAACUAUCCUCAAAGUAGUAUUGUGCUUGUAGUAAGUGAAGGUUGGAUGGAUGGAUACUGACAAUGGUGGCAGGCAUUUCAAGCCUUUUAUUAAAUUAGUACUUUUUGUCUUCUUAUUAAAAUUUUGUUAAUUUUAGCAAAGACCAAUUGUUGUGAUAAACUGGUGUUUUUUGGAUGCUUCAAGCACAUGUUAACCAAUUUUUAAAUUCCCCUUUUGGUUCCUCCCAUUGUUCUAAAAUAGGACUUUCAUAUUAUUAAAACCUCAAAAGAUGAUCCACCCAGGAUGAACAAAGAUCACCAAGGGGAAAGAAAACAUUUUUUAUCUUUACAGAAAACAUGUUAAGAUUAUAUAUAGAUGUAUUCUUUACAUUGGAUAUUGUAUUAGAGUCCUCCUUACAAGAAAUGAAAUAGUUUUUAGCACUCUUAGCAUUAGAGUUCCUAGAUUGGUGUUGAUAGCUACAGUUUUAAAAUGUAUAACCUGAAAAUGAAGGUUAAUUUUGCAUUGUAAGAGCACAUUUGAUCUAUGUAAAAAGUGUCCAUUUGGUGUAUUUUUUUAAAAAAGAGAAAGCACUUUCAUAUUAAGUAGCAUGUGUAUGAAUUUAGAUUUUCAUAUUUGUUGUGUCUGUAUUCAGUGAAGUAAAUUGAGCAUUUAAAUGUUUGUUGAUGGCAACAUUAACUAUUAAAUUAAAGCACCUUAUACUCUGCUGCUUAACUUGCUUGUAAUUGCACCUUUGUUACCUGCACAUUUUCAUAUAGAAUAUUGUUGUAACAUUGCUUCAUGUGGGUCUGGAUGGAAGAUUAGUGGGCCUACAGGAUCAUUUAUUUAUAUUGUUUAUAUUACAAUAAUAUAUUGUAGACCAGUUGUAAGUUCAUUUCUUUACAAAUAAAAGCCUCUUCCAUUUG